AUGAAGUAUUCACGCACUCUUCUACUUCCCGCCCUGGCGGCCGUUGUCAACGCCCAGACAGCACCCGAUUUUCCUGUUCAAGUCAGUCAAUUAUUGGUGGUAGACUUCCAGAACACCUCAAUCAGUGUCGAGCCUGCUGGUGUCACGUUAAAUCGAGAAGAUAUCCUUGAAACACCUGUCGCUUUAGGGCAAGCUACUGCCACCAGACAAUCGACUUACAUACUUUUUAUGGUGGAUCAAGACGUCGAGGCAACUGCAGGCCAACCGAGAGUCCAGCUAUUGCACUAUUUCCAGCCCAAUCUCUUCGGCUCAUCAGAAGUGCUGUCAUUUGACGCACAAGCUGAAAAUGCGACAACUGCCGUUGGUGCAACUUACAUUCCACCCACGCCGCCCGCUGGUGAUGGCCCCCACCGAUAUAACAUCUUGUUGUACUUGCAGCCAGAAGGGUUUACUGUCCCUACUCAAUUUUCCUCGAUCGACCCUCCCGCUGAUGCCAGCGCCCGAAUUGGGUUUGAUAUGGCAGGUUUCGCCGAAGCAGCGAACUUGGGGGAGCCCAUAAGUGCGGUCUGGUUCCAGGUGGAGAACAAGGAGGUCGACUCGGGCGGCAGUAGCAGUAGCAGUUCUGCUACUGAUUCCGCUGCCCCAACCGGGUCUGCGACCACCACUGGUUCUAGCUCUGCCAGCACUGGCACAUCAGGUCCAGCAGGCACACAAACGCAAGGUUCGAGUGCCUCCGGAUCUUCCACCACUUCUGCAGGUGCUCCAGCCAACACUGGCAAUGGCGCAGGUAUGCUCGAUGCAAGCAGCGGAGUCCACAGAGCACUGAUGGGACUAUCGUUGGUGCUGGCUGGUUCUGCUUUUUGGGUGAUGUAG